AUGAUUGAUAAUGGUCCUCAAUCUGGUGAGAAUUCAUUGGAUAGAGAUUCUUUAAAUAUUGGUUCUCAAUUUACUUGUGAUGAUGUUAGCCCAAAUUUAUUAAAUAUAGUUUGCUAUUAUGACCAACUAAAAAUUUGUAGAACUAAAUUUGCAUUGUUUUUAACAGUUCUUGUAGUUAUAGUAAUAGGAAUUUGUAAAUUUGGUUCAGUGGGGUAUAAUUUAUAUUACCUUUUUUUUUAUUGUAUUAUUAUUUUUUUAAUUUUAUUUUUUUCAUUAUCCAUUAAAAAAAUGCUCCCCAUAAGAAAUAUUACAAUCAAUCAUUCUAGUAACCAAAUAUUUAUAACAAGAUGUAUUUGUAUUGGUAAUGAAAUUGAAAAAAAAAAAAGUAUUUUUGGAAAUGAAAUUGAAAAACAUUGUUUAUUUCCAAUACCAGAAACAAUAAAUAGUGAUGAAAUAAUUACUGUUGAGGAUAGUGUUGAAAAUGGUUCAACUUUAUUUCAUUUGAAAAAACCAGAAUUUCCAAGAGAUUUAGAACUUUACAAAAACCAAAAAUUUAUUUUUCAAACCUUAAACUAUGGUCAAAUUAUUGGCACAUUUAUUGAAAUUGAUAAUAGAAAUAAAUUAGAAAACAAAUUUUUAGUAUUGGAUGUUGAAGAAGUCAAUAACAUUUGUAAUGUAAAACCAUUUUCAAAAGGAAUAAUAUUAUUAAAUGAAAAUGAAAUAUCAUCAUUUAUUUUAUUUGACCCAAAAUCUAAUAUUAGUGGACCAGAAACUUAUAAAUCAAAUGCAAAAUUGGUAAUCAAUAAUACCACCAUAUCAAGAGAGAUUUUCGUUACCCAUUGUUCCAAAGUUAAUGAAGAGUCUCUUGGAUAUUAUCAUCAUUUAAUUAGAGGUAUUGAAUUUAAUGACCUAUUUACUGAACCAAAUUUAAAGCCAAACAUUCCAAUUAAAGUUUUAACUGAAUUUGUUUGGAAACCAAUGUUUAAUAUUGGUGACAUUAAUAAUAACACACAAGAGUCAAAAGUUUCUUUAACAAUUAUAACAAAUGAUGAAAAGUCUAUUUAUUCAGUUGAAAAUUUUAAAUGUUUAAAAAACUAUGAGACAAAGAUAAUAAUCAAUUCAUUUGAAACAACAUAUAAUAGAGCAGUUUUAAUUCAUCCAAUGGGUCCAAAUCAAAUUUCAAUAUAUUUCAAAAACACUUCAAAAUUAUUAUUUACAAAAUCCACAAUUCAAUUGGUAAAUAGUUAUGAAAACCAUAUGAUUGAUUUGGUUGAUGGUGAAGAAAUAUUUCUUCAACAAAUUGAUUAUUUUAAUUGUGAAACCCAAUCAUUGGAAUUAUUGAAUUCUGUUAGACCAAACUCCACGUGUGUUAUGAUUUUAAAAGUUCCUAAUGAAAAAAUUAAAAUCUACCAAGAAAUUUCUCACCAACCACUAUUUCCAGCAAGAUCAAAGAGAACAAAAAUUCAAAGAAUAAAAAUUUCAAAGGACAUUAUUUUUAUAGAUUUUGAAUUUAAAAAUAAAAUUAAGUACCAAAUUGUCAAUUCCUCUCAAUUUAAAACCAAAAUGCUUAUUCAUUGCCCAAAUAAAGAAUUUAAUAUUAAAGGAAUUUCUUGUAAGGAAAUCAACAAUGAUGUUGAUAGAAAUUUAUAUCUUUUGGAUUCAGAUGCACUUUCAAUAAAAGAUUUAACAUUAUAUUCUGUAAAGAACGAACAAGUAUUUUCAGGUUCAAGUUUUUCAAAAGUUAUUUCAAAAUUCUUAGAAAAAAAUGAUUUUAAAAAUACCAUCUUAGAUUCAGGAAAAUUUGAAAUUUUUAAUUUUACAAAUAUGGAUAAAAAAUUUCAAAAAGACCUCUCCAAAUUAUUAGAAAAAGUGUAUUUUGAAAAAAGUGAUUCUAGUUAUUUUGAAAAACAGUUCUCAAAAAUGUCACUAAAAGAAUCAUUAUUUGAUCCUCUCUUAUGGAGGGAGCAUUCCCUUUAUAGAUUUUCAAACCAGAACAAGUUUUUUUUUGAUUCUGAUGCAAACUCUUUUUUUAAAUCAUUAAGUUUUGAUACAGUUUCUAAUAACAAUACCAUUUCUUCAACUGGACCUUACAGCCCCAUACCAAUUUCUUCCUUCCCAUUUCAAAAAAAUGCAGAAUCUUUGGAUCCUCCACCAAUUCCUAUCGAAGAUAUCUCCAAUAGAAAAGAUAAAAGUGGUGGCACAUCUCCUAUACCAAAACCAGUUGGAAAAGAAACCUCAAAUACAAAUAAAUCAUCUCAGGAAAAUAAUAAAAGAAGCUCUGACAAGAAAGUUACCUUUUGUACAAGUGAACCAUCAUUAGGUAACAAAUCUCUAUUUGGAAGUUCAUCCAAUCAACAAACUCCUGUAAAAAUAGAGCCAUCUUUGGAGACCAAAUCUCUUUUUGGAAAACAUACAACUCCAAGUACAACUGAAUCAUCUGUGUGUACCAAAUCCGCUUUUGGAAGUUCACCCCCAUCAUUAUUUGGUCAAUCAUCUCCCAACAAAACAACUUCAACCACUGAAUCUGGCUUGGGUGAGGGAGAAUCAAUAUCAACAACAACAACAAAAACUAGUGCAUUUGGAAGCUCCUCAACUCCUUCAUUUGGUGGUACAUCUGCAUUUGGUGGCCCUCAAACUACAGGUGCAUUUGGUAGCACUACAACAACUAGUAUGUUUGGAAGAUCCCCAACCACUUUAUAUGGUAGUUCUCCAACUACAACGACUAGUAUGUUUGGAAGUAAUUCAAACACUUUAUAUGGUAGUUCUCCAACUACAACAACUAGUAUGUUUGGAAGAUCCCCAACCACUUUAUAUGGUAGUUCUCCAACUCCAACGACUAGUAUAUUUGGAAGCUCCUCAACAACUUUAUAUGGUAGUUCUCCAACUACAACAACUAGUAUAUUUGGAAGCACUUCAACCCCUUUAUUUGGCAGUGCUUCAACUACAAAAACUAGUUUAUUUGGAAGCUCCUCAAUAUUUGAUGCAAAAAAUCUCAACAAGACAACUCCAAAAGAAGAAAUAAAGAAAGAAUCUGAGGAUAUAAAUGAAAAUUCUUCUGAAUUACCAGAAUUAGUUCAAGAUGAAGAUUACGAUAUAGACCAAGUUGAAGAUUUAGAUGAAGAUCAAGUUGAAGAUUUAGAUGAAGAUUACGAUGAAGAUCAAGUUGAAGAUUACGAUGAAGAUCAAGUUGAAGAUUUAGAUGAAGAUCAAGUUGAAAAUUCAAAAGAUUCAGUUUAA